AUGGCCUCUCCACCGGUGUACGCUGCCCCCUCAGCGCUCCUCGCGCACCCCGCGCUACAGGUUCUCCUCUUUUUCGUCCUCCUAUUCGUCUUCUGGCUCUCCUACGCCAUCACCCACCGCGUCCUCCCGCGCUGGUCCCACUCGGUCCCCACGCUCGCCCUCCUCCCCGCCGCGCGCCCGCACCGCUCGCGCUUCCGCAAGAUGCUCGACGCGCUCGCGGGCAGGCGCGACGCCCAGACGGACCCCCUGAUCGUCCGCGCCGUCGCCGCUGUCGCGGACCCGCCCCCCGUCCCGGCGAUCGUGAUCAGCUCGCCGCGGACCCCGGCGCCGCCGGCGUGCGGUUCGGCGGAGGGCGACCCGUUCGCAGACGCGCACGCGCACGCGGUGCGCGCGGGGUCGCUGCAGGUGCCCCUCGCCGUCGCCGCGGGGCCCGUCGGCUUCGACGGCGGGGCGGACGUCGCGCGCUCGCACUGGUCGGGCGAGCGGUUGUGUUGGGGAGGCCGCCGCCGUCGCGUGCGCGUGCUCCGCCUCCGCUGCGGCCUCCAACUUCGAUUCCGCCUCCUUCCCUUGGUCCUCCUCCUCCUCCUCCUCCUCCUCCUCCUCCUCCGCCGCCGCCGCCGCCUCUGGUUGCCGAGGACGAUGGGAGUCCCCGACGAAGACGAAGAUGAUGACGAAGACGAGUACGGGGACGAGGAGGAGCGUGCGGGGCCGCUCCGGCUGAGCAUGGCGUCGAGCGCGGUGGACAUGCUCCUCGAGGCGAUCUCGGCCGACUCGGACUCGUGGCGGUCCAGCUCGGGUUCGAGCUCGGACGAUUAUGGGGAGCCGGAGCCGGAGGUGGUGGACGACGCGCGCGAAACGGUGGGGUCGGUGGUGUCGGUCGCGGUGUCGGUGACGGACGUGAUGAGCGCGUACUAUGCGGGCGCGGGCGAGGGCGAGGGCGAGGGCGCGUAG